AUGUCUGCUCUGACGCCUCCAACCGACAUGCCAACCCCCACCACUGACAAGAUCACACAGGCUGCCAUGGAGACCAUCUACCUUUGCAAAUUCCGAGUGUCUAUGGAUGGAGAAUGGCUCUGCCUGCGAGAGCUGGAUGACAUCUCACUUACACCUGACCCAGAGCCUACCCAUGAAGACUCUUGGGAGGAUUUGACAGAUUUGGUGGAGCAAAUGCGCGAUGAUACAGAAGAUCCUAAUUAUCUCAUGGCUAACGAACGCAUGAACCUGAUGAACAUGGCCAAGCUGAGUAUCAAGGGCUUGAUCGAAUCUGCUCUGAACCUGGGGAGAACUCUGGAUUCUGACUACGCACCUCUGCAGCAGUUCUUUGUGGUGAUGGAGCACUGCCUGAAACACGGCUUGAAAGCUAAGAAAACUUUUCUUGGACAAAAUAAAUCCUUCUGGGGGCCUCUAGAACUGGUAGAAAAGCUUGUUCCAGAAGCUGCAGAGAUAACAGCAAGCGUUAAAGAUCUUCCAGGACUUAAAACACCUGUAGGCAGAGGAAGAGCCUGGCUUCGUCUGGCACUAAUGCAAAAGAAACUCUCAGAAUACAUGAAAGCUUUGAUAAAUAAGAAGGAACUUCUCAGUGAAUUCUAUGAACCCAAUGCCCUCAUGAUGGAAGAAGAAGGAGCUAUAAUUGCUGGUCUGUUGGUGGGCCUGAAUGUCAUUGAUGCCAAUUUCUGUAUGAAGGGAGAAGAUUUGGACUCUCAGGUUGGAGUUAUAGAUUUUUCGAUGUAUCUCAAGGAUGGGAACAGCAGUAAAGGUAGUGAAGGAGAUGGCCAGAUUACUGCAAUUCUGGAUCAGAAGAACUAUGUAGAAGAACUCAACAGACACCUGAAUGCUACUGUAAACAACCUUCAGGCAAAAGUGGAUGCAUUAGAAAAAUCCAACACUAAACUGACAGAGGAGCUUGCAGUUGCAAACAACAGAAUUAUCACCUUGCAAGAAGAAAUGGAACGAGUUAAAGAGGAGAGCUCCUACAUAUUGGACUCUAAUCGGAAGGGUCCUAAGCCAGACCGAACUUCAGAAGGGCAAGCAUUGAGUGAAGCCAGGAAGCACUUAAAGGAAGAGACACAACUACGACUGGAUGUUGAAAAAGAACUGGAGAUCCAGAUCAGCAUGAGACAGGAGAUGGAACUGGCUAUGAAGAUGCUGGAGAAGGACGUCUGUGAGAAGCAGGACGCCCUGGUGUGUCUGCGCCAGCAGCUGGACGACCUCAGGGCUCUGAAGCAUGAACUCGCCUUCAAGCUGCAGAGUUCAGACUUGGGAGUAAAACAGAAAAGUGAACUGAACAGUCGCUUAGAAGAGAAGACGAAUCAGAUGGCUGCUACCAUUAAACAACUGGAACAAAGAUUGCGCCAGGCUGAGCGAGGCCGCCAGUCUGCUGAACUGGACAACCGGCUCUUCAAGCAGGACUUCGGAGACAAGAUCAACAGUCUGCAGCUGGAAGUGGAGGCGCUCACCAGGCAGCGGAAUCAUCUUGAGUUAGAACUAAAACAGGAAAGAGAAAGAAGGUUACAAAACAGCAGGAGCAUCCCAGGAAAGGGAUCCCAGAAGCCAGAACCCAAAAUGGAUGGGAAGCACAAAAUUCAAGAGGAAAAUGUUAAACUAAACAAGCCCUUGGAAGAAAGCCACAGGCUGCAGUCUCACCCGAUGGAUCAACAGGAUCAGCCGUUGUCCUCUGAAAAGCCACCGAAGUACUGUCAGCUAUGCCAGGAAGACUGCAGCCUGACAAAGAAUGUAUGUAGGAAUUGCAGAGGAACCUUCUGUAACAUCUGCUCAACAAACGAACUGCCUCUUCCUUCAAGUAUCAAGCCUGAGCGAGUUUGCAAUCCCUGCCAUGAGCAUCUGAUGAAACAAUAUUCCACCAGUCCAUCCUAA